ACUCCUUAAAAUGCAGAACAAAAUUGGCAUGUUCCAUUUCAGCAGCACUUGCAUCCUAGGCAUCAACUUACUCAACGAGUGCUUUUGGUUUUGUCACACACACACUUCACUUGUGAGCAACAAAACAAAAACAAUCAAAACAUCGUUCAACGACACUCGAGACUCUCACCUCCAAUCCAACCUCCGUCACGAAAGAUGAACCUCGCUGCGGUUUACGGAGUCCGUACCCCCGGCGACGCCACCGCCUGGAAAUUCCUGUUCUUCCUCGCCGUCAUGUACUACAUCAUGUCCAUGCUGACCUACUCCAUCCUCCACAUGGAGUUCAUCGCCCCGCUCCCACACGACGCGCCUCUCGAUCGAUUCUCCGAAGCCAGAACCGUCGAACAUGUUCGAAUCUUGUCUCAAGAGAUCGAUGGUCGUCAAGAAGGGCGACCUGGAUUGAAAAUGGCAGCUCAAUACAUUAAGGGCCAAUUGGAAGUACUGAAGGAACGAGCUAGCUCCAAUGUCAGAAUUGAGAUUGAGGAGACCACUGUCAGUGGCUCCUUCAAUAUGCACUUUUUGGGUUUCAAUUUGGCUCUGGUAUACAGAAAUCAUACUAAUAUUGUUAUGAGGAUAUCAUCUAUAGAUUCCAAAGAUACUGAUCCAUCAGUUUUAGUGAAUGGGCACUUUGAUAGCCCCCUUGGUUCUCCUGGUGCUGGUGAUUGUGGUUCAUGUGUUGCAUCAAUGCUGGAAAUUGCUAGACUAACUGUGGACUCUGGUUGGGCUCCCCACCGCCCAGUUAUUUUCCUCUUCAAUGGUGCCGAGGAACUUUUCAUGUUGGGUUCACAUGGGUUCAUGAAGACACAUAGAUGGCAUGACACUAUAGGAGCUUUUGUAAAUGUGGAGGCAUCUGGAACUGGAGGGCCUGAUUUAGUUUGCCAAUCUGGACCUAGUUCCUGGCCUUCUAAUAUCUAUGCAGAAGCAGCAAUAUACCCCAUGGCUAAUAGUGCAGCUCAGGAUGUUUUUCCUGUUAUUCCUGGAGAUACAGAUUACCGAAUAUUUUCCGAAGACUAUGGAAAUAUUCCUGGGCUUGACAUUAUCUUUCUCCUUGGUGGUUAUUUUUACCAUACCUCCUAUGAUACUGUAGAGCGACUCAUACCUGGAAGCAUCCAAGCACGUGGAGAGAAUUUGUUCAGCAUAAUCAAGGCUUUUACUAAUUCUCCUAAGUUACAAAACACCUAUCAAACAAAUUAUAGUGAAGUUACUCCCAGCUUAGUCCAGGAUGAGCGUGCUAUUUUCUUUGAUUAUCUCUCAUGGUUUAUGAUAUUUUAUUCCAGAAGGGUUGCUAAAAUUCUUCACAGUAUUCCUAUCUUCUUCUUCCUUCUUAUGUCCUUUGUGCAUGGUAGGUCGCAUUCUCCGUUGGCAACUUUGUGUGAUUUUGUGAAAGGAAUUUUGUUCCAUGCUGUUGGGAUUAUAUUGGCUAUUAUUGUGCCUGUUUCAUUUUCUUUGCUGAGAUUACUGUUCUCUUCUCAGACAAUGAAUUGGUUUGCUCAUCCAUACUUGGCUUUCAAUAUGUUUGUACCUUGCUCACUUGCUGGUCUUUUAAUUCCAAGAGUUAUCUGGAGAUCUUUUCCUCUUUCUCAAGAUGUUUCUAUUGUCAAGACAUCAAAAGAGGCACUAUCUGAUGAAGCAAGGUUCUGGGGUGCAUUUGGGUUCUAUGCCGUACUAACUUUGGGUUAUCUUGUAUCUGGAUUGAGUGGAGGUUUCAUUACUUUUUUUGUGUCUGCUUCCAUGCUUCCGGCAUGGAUAUCCUUCUGCUUAUCGGUCAAAUUCUUUGGACAGCGGUCACUCAGGUCAACAAUGUUUUACAUAUUACCUCUAGUCCCAUUCCUUGCAUAUGCUGUUUAUUUUGGUGGCUUUCUUGCCCAAUUUCUGAUAGAGAAGAUGGGCAUGAUGGGUUCUCUUCCUCUACCAUAUGGGCACUAUGUUCCUGACGUUAUCGUGGCUGCAUUAAUUGGAUUAGUAACUGGUUGGUGCACGGGCCCUCUAAUGCCCAUUUGUGGUCAUUGGUUAGCUAGGUCCUCCAUGUUGAGUUCUCUGCUGCAUCUUAGUGUCCUGGGCUUGGCCAUAUCUUCUCAGUUUUUUCCUUACACCAUGUCUGCACCUAAGAGGAUCGUUUUUCAACAUGCUUUCCGUACUUCAGGCUCAAGUGAGAUUGUGGAAUCCACCUACGAUUUUUCUGUAACUGACUCCAAUUCUUUACUAUUCCUCUUCAAACACUCACCUGAAGUGGCAGAGAAAUUGAAUAUUACUUCAGAGUUUUCAUUUGAAUCUGCAUCGCUGUCUAAACGUCAGGAUUGGAUGGCAAUUUUUCCAGUUUCUUUUCUCUUCUCAAAUAGUCUGAAGUUCCCUGCAAAAGGGGAUGAUAUUUUGAAGCAGUAUGAGUUCUUUCCCAAAUUGUCUGUUCAAAAUACAUCUCUAAACUCUGAAAAGGGACCGAGAAGAGUUCACUUGGAGCUUUACUUAGGUUCCUUAGAAGAGGUCUGGGUUGCCGUUCUUAACAUCACUGGUCCUUUAUCCAGUUGGUCUUUUGCAGAUAAUGUGCUUCCAGGAACUGAAACUUAUGGAGGUGGUCCACCAUCAUAUAUAUGCCGGUUUAGCGGACCCAGUGAUAGGAAUUGGACAUUCUGGUUAGAGGCUAAUAGCUCUGAAGCUUUGAGAGUGGAUCUCACAGUUUUAGACCAAAAGUUGGUUGAUCCAGCAAAGAGAUUGAAGGAUCUUUUCCCUAACUGGGUUGAUGUCAUUGCCUAUUCUAGUUUUAUGUCCACCUAUACCUUUUAAUUAGCAAAUAUUUUUCUAGGAUUAAAGUUGCAUAGGGUAGCCAUAGGAAUUGAUACAAUAAUUUAAUGUCUCAACCUGUUUCCACAACAGGAAUUCAAUGUUUAUGUACUCGACUUUAGCUGAAAAAAGUAACUUCGUAUUUAUAGAUGCAAAA